GCCCCUUUCCUCCCCCUCCUCCCCUCUCGCCGCUCCCCUCCCCUCCCCUCACGGUGCCGCGCAGCGGGGAAGGACAAGGGGACUGCAGCGGGCCGGUGCGGACCCCGGGCACUUUGCGCACCGGGGAUCGCUCCCUUCGGUCUCCGCUCGUCCUCCGUUCCCUUCUCGCCUCUCACUGCUUCGUCCCGGGCGGUCUAUCGCCGCAUGGUGCUGGCCGCAGCCAUGAGCCAGGAGCCGGAGACCAGCGGCCGCGAGCAACCAGACAGAGAUGCCCGCACCCUGGCUGCCUCCGCAACCGCCGCCCCCUCAGGACUCCUGGGACCCCAGGGCCACCGAGGAAUGCAGCAGCCGCUGCUGCCGCCACCUUUGCCACCGCCACCACCGGCGCCUCAGGCCUCCUUGCCUCAGAUUCUCCAAAAUGCUGCCAAGCUUCUGGACAAGAACCCAUUUUCUGUUAGUAAUCCAAAUCCUCUGCUUCCAUCGCCUGCAAGUCUUCAAUUGGCCCAACUGCAAGCCCAGCUGACCCUCCACCGGCUGAAAUUGGCUCAGUCAGCAGUCACCAGCAACACUGCAGCUGCCACGGUCCUGAACCAAGUCCUUUCCAAAGUGGCUAUGUCUCAGCCUCUCUUUAACCAGCUGAGACAUCCAUCUGUGAUCACUACCCCACAUGGUCAUAGUGGGACACCCCAGCACCCAGCAGUAAUGCCAAAUGCCAGGUUUUCAUCUAGGGGGAUCGCGUUUUCUCCUCCCAAUCAAGGACAGGGCCUAGGACCAUCCAUGAACUUGCCCAAUCAGGCUACCAAUGCCAUGGUGAUGCAUCCUUUUGGUGGGGUCAUAUCUCAAACUUCUAAUCAACCAGCAGUUGUUUUGGGCAUUAGCAAAACUGGCCCAGUUCCUGCUGUGGCUGGGUUCUAUGAGUAUGGUAAAGCUAGCGGUACUCAGGCCUAUGGUUCAGACGCUGAGAGUCAGUCAAGCUUCCUGACAACAUCAGGUACCUCCUCAGUUGGGGUAACCUAUGAGGGUCAAUGUAGUCAUACAGGGCAUCCAAAGCAAGAUGGCCAAGCCAGUUUCCCCAAAGACUUUUAUGGGCCCAAUUCCCAAGGACAGCAUAUGAGUGGAGGACAGCCCCUGGGAUUUCCUGGAGAACAGCACAUGAAUACAACUUCCACAGGUGGUCCUAAAGGAGAGGUAGAUACUCUGCUCCAUGGCACAGGAUCAAACAGCCAAUGGGAAUGGCCUUCAAUCAGCCAACCUUAUGAGCUAUAUGACCCAGAAGAACCCACACCAGACACCAAGUUUGGGCCGUCAACCCCUACUCCCUUCAGUAAGAAGCAGAGUUUCAGUAGCAGCCAGAGACGAGGGAAGGAGGACCCGCUGCUGUCAGUGAGGUCUCUCCAAGCUCAUGAGCUGAACGACUUUCAUGGUAUUGCACCUCUCCACCUGCCUCACAUCUGCACCAUCUGUGAUAAAAAAGUCUUUGAUCUAAAGGACUGGGAGCAGCAUGUUAAAGGGAAAAUGCAUACUCAGAAAUGCAUGACCUUCUCUGAAAGCGCGGGUAUUCGAUGUAUUGUUGGUUCGGCAGAAGGAGCAUUGUGCACGUCGCCAAACAACACAGCUGUUUUUAACCCACCUGGAACUGAAGAUUUUGCCUCAAAUAUUGGAUCGUCAUUUGCUGUGGUUCCAACAAGGUCCUUUGCUCAGUCAAACCCCACUUUCUCUCCCACUGCUUCCGGGACAAAUUUUUCACAGAGGAAAAGCACAGCUGGCCGAGUGGUACACAUCUGCAAUCUCCCUGAAGGAAGCUGCACUGAGAAUGAUGUCAUUAAUUUGGGCCUACCCUUUGGAAAAGUAACCAAUUAUAUUCUCAUGAAGUCCACCAAUCAGGCUUUUCUGGAAAUGGCUUACACUGAAGCUGCCCAGGCAAUGGUCCAAUAUUACCAAGAGAAGUCUGCUGUAAUUAAUGGUGAGAAAUUGCUCAUUCGGAUGUCCAAGAGGUACAAAGAACUGCAAUUAAAGAAACCUGGGAAAAAUGUUGCAGCCAUCAUCCAAGACAUCCACUCUCAGAGGGAGCGUGAUUUGUUCCGGGAAGCAGACAGAUACGGCCCCGAGAGACCCAGGUCCCGAAGCCCAGUGAGCCGCUCCCUCUCCCCAAGGUCCCACACGACCAGCUUCACCUCCUGCAGCUCUUCCCACAGCCCUCUAUGUCCCCGUGCAGACUGGGGCAAUGGGAGGGAUUCCUGGGAUCAGUCCCCCUACGCCAGGCGAGAGGAAGAGCGAGAUUUGACUCACUGGAGGGAAAAUGGAGAUGACAAGAGGGACAGGACAGACACUUGGGUUCACGAUCGGAAACAUUAUCCACGGCAACUGGACAAAAUUGACUUGGACAGCCGGAUUGAAGGAAUGAGGGGACACAGAGAUAAAUACAUCCGGCCCAGUUCCCCUAGCACACUCCACUCUUCGUCUGGCUACAAAGGCCGGGAGGAUGGCUAUUACCGAAAGGAUCCCAAGCUCAAACCCGACAGGUAUCUCAAGCAGCAACAGGACAGUCCUCUGAAGUCCAAAAAAAAAGAAGAGCCUAGAUUAAGGGAAAGACACGUCUACUGUGAAGACUCAGGGAAGGAGGACGUCUUGGAUCCCAGAGACAGCAGGAGCUCAGAGAAUGCCAAGGCCAAACAGAGUGAAAAAAAUAAAGCUGCCAGAUCAGACAGAAGUCCAGAGGAAGAAGCGGACGCAGGAGAGAGCAAAGCAGUGGAGACUGAGCUUGGGAAAGAAGAACAGGAAGUUUUGGAGGAAAGCACCCAAUUUAUGAAAAUAGAAGAUUCUGAUGCAGUCAAUGAAAGGAAAGAAAAGGAACAAGAUUGGGAAAGUGGAAGUGAGGUGGAAGGGGAGAGCUGGUACCCUACCAACAUGGAAGAACUCGUUACAGUGGACGAGGUCGGGGAAGAGGAGGAUUUUAUCAUGGAGCCAGACAUCACAGAACUGGAAGAGAUUGUGCCAGUUGGGCAGAAGGACAAAACCUGCUCUGAAAUAUUCCCCUCCUGUGGGAUGACCCCUUUAGAACUGAACACUGAUCAUGGGGAAUUAGCCAAGGAGGCAGGUGAAUCUGCUGCUGCUGGCCGAGAUGCUGAAAUCAGAUUCGAGUCGGACAGAGAAAGUGCUGUCUCCAGGAGCCAUUCUGAUGAAAUAGGGCUUGAAGGGCAGACAAACAUAAAUCUAGACACUGAGAAGAAGCCAGAUGAGCCUGAGGAGGACAGCUUUCCUAAAGACCCAAAUUGCCACAAGAAGGAAGAAAAGGAAGAUGAAACCUCAGAUGUUCACCCAGUCCCCACAUCCCAGAAAAUGUCUUCCCAAGAACCGGCAGAGGAGGGGGGUAACCAGUCUGGUCUUUUCCUAGAUGAUUAUAAGCUGAUGGGAUCCCCUAAAAACGGGACACAGGAAGGCAGCAAACCAGAGGAGAAGCCCAGCUCCCACACAGAGACCAGGAACCAAAGCCAGGCUUGCCAAGAAAUGUUGACUGAGGAAAAUUCCAGAUUCCCAGAAAUCCAGUCCCUGGAAAUGAGCUCACUGGCCUAUAAUGAGAUGGAGACGAAACAGCCCCAUCCAUUGCCUUCCUGGGAACCAGAGGAUGUGUUCAGUGAACUUAGCAUUCCUCUUGGAGUGGAGUUUGUGGUGCCCAGGACGGGGUUUUAUUGCAAGUUGUGUGGUCUUUUCUACACUAAUGAAGAGACAGCAAAGACAAGCCACUGUCGCAGUUCUAUCCACUACAGAAACCUCCAGAAGUACUUGUCCCAGCUGGCAGAGGAAGGCCUAAAGAGCAACGAACAGGGCAGCAGCCCCAAGCCAGACGACUGUGGCAUUGGAAUUGUGCCCCACUUUGAGAGGAAAAAGCUCUGACCCCUCGGAAGCAAGAAGAGUAGAAAUGAAGGACUGCCAGUGGUACCCUUCCUGAUCUCCAAGUCAAGCCUGCUGCAUCUUCUCCUUCGUCUUGAGGAAGGAAAGCAAAGGACAUGUUUUUUGGGUCCCGGCCCAGAGAACCAGUCAAAAUGCUCCCCCAACUGUUCCCACAACUAAUCAGUCCUGGCACGCCGAGCAGGCAGAGCUGCAUGUCCUCUCUGUAUGUGUGCGUGUGUGUUUCUGUCUCUCUCAAACCUUUUUUCAGAUUCUCGCCUGACUCUCCUUGCGUUCUGUGCCCACAUCCUUUUCCUUUUCAUAAAAUCUGACUCCUCAGGGAUUUUUAACAAGGUUUAAAUUCUUGAUGGGAUAUAACACAUCAGGCCAAAAGAAGGGUGGGUUAUCCGGGGGAGGUCCUCAAAGAAAAAUGUCAAUGUAAAACUUACUUGAAUGAAAUAGUAUUGAUCUCUCUGCUUGCUGUUCAUGGCUUGGGAUAGCCCAGCUAGAGUGCUCAGAGCUCUAGAGCUAGAGCAGACAUCACCAAGAAAGGCAAGGGAUAAAUUCUCAAGGAGCCUGAUUAAAUCUAUUUCAUUCUCCAAAUGUCUGGCCAAGCCACCAUUUUUAGUAACCUGUUUUUAAAGAUCUUUCAUUCAGUUAUUCUGAAAGUUCAUCAGCUUUAUGUCUUAAAUUAAAACGAAACAGGCUUUGAAAGACACCCAACAAAACCUUCCUUCUGAAAGCUCAGAUAAUUUCCCUCCAAAUUAAUCCCUUUCUUCUUUCCACUCCCUUCCUUCACCCCAUUUUGAGGAGAAAUGAGGGCCUGUUUUUUACUUUGGAAAGUGGAUUUGGUAUGGAUUCAGUUGGAUUACAAUGAAGCAUACACUUCCUCUGCCUCCAGCUAAAAUAGCAGUUGGUGUGUGUCGGGGACAAAUGACUGCCUUAAAGUGGUGCUUGGAGUCCGAUUGAGAAACACCAAAACAAUGAAACUGCCAGCCAAGAUUCUGUCCUUGACUCACCCGAAGGUGCCUGCAUGCUGGGGUGUCUGAGUUGCAUUCUUUUCAAAAACCUCCCAACCCACUGAUUUGAAGAUGCCUCCUUGAGCUUUGGGACUUGCUGAGGAAGAAAGAGGUUGCUGAACUUAAGUCUAGCUCUUGAGGGUUUGUCUUGGUGGCCCUUUGCACCUGGAUUAGGGGGAAUCCAUAGCUAGCUGGGGAUGAUCCUCUUUGAAGCUUCUUGCCAUGAGUAAUUUAACAAUUUCUACUCAAACUCUUGGCAGAUCUAAGGUGGCCAAAAGGGUCAUUCCUACAUUUGAUAGAUUUCAUCUUCCUGGGCCAGAAGCUUGCUCAGUUGCUACGUGGUCCCUGGCCAGUGAGUCAGUAAUUUUGGAAUUUUGUUCCUGGAUACUUUUUGCAAGGUUCCCAGUUCUGUGAGGGUAAAACUCAGAACAGUAUAAAGUGGCAUUCUGUUCUGCCCUUGAAAGUUAAGACACUUCUGCAAAGUUGAUCUGAUCUUCUUGGUCCUUUAAAAUGCAGGCAGUUUUGGUCUUAUCACCCCUGGCAGACAUAGAAUGAGAGAAUUAUUAAUUUCUUAUGGUAGAUUAAAGCUCGGUGAACAUUUCAGCCACAAGGUCCAGGUCUGAACUACCAAUAUAAUACAAACACCAUAAACAUGAUAAGAGUGUGGAAUAAUAAACUUUGUACAAAGGCAGCCAGAGAGGAGUUAGUCCUGUGUGUGUAUAAGAGAGAAAGUUUCAGGAAGGCACUAAAGGAAAAUAAACCAGUUUGGACGUGUCCAGGUCAGGGCUUUACCAAAGCUGAAAUGCCAAAUUUGUCGUUAGAACAUUUUAGCACCUCAGGAAAGUUGGUUUUUAAGAGACCUGAAAGGGUUUGGAGGCUGGGGCUCGAUCCAGACCUGUUCUCCUGCCACCACACAUCACGAAUCCAGUUGCCAAAGGUAGCCUGUGAACAAGGAAUGCUUGUACUAUGUCCUCAGCACUAACUGUUCCUUCCUUUCUGGGAAAUAUCCUGACCUCAUAUGUCUCUAUCUUGCCAUCACAGAGAGGGGAGGGGAUACAUUUCUUAGUUUUUCUAGGGUUGUGUCACUCACUAAACCAGAUUGGGAUAAACUUUACACCCUCACUAUCAGAAAGCUAUUGCAGAAGAUCACCUCUGCAGUCCAUUCUCCCCCCAAAGUGAGAAAAUCCCCUGCCUUUGCCUGUUUCAUAUGGCAGGGUUUCUGUGGAAAUUUGUACUGGCUGCUCCCCCCGAGGAACUCUUUGGCCUUCCUUGCUAAUAAACUAUGUCCAUGGUGGGGGUGGGGAUACAGACUAGUUCACCAACUAUGUUUCUUAAGGCUUUUUUCUCUUUUACUCCAUCAGGAUCCUAUUUACAAAAGAUUUCAAGAUAUACAUGUGUACAUAUAUACAUAUAUAAUAUAUAUUUUUAUACAAUACCAUUGGCAUGAUUCUUCACCAAUCUUCAUAAUUUGCACUUUUUAUUUCUUUAUGUAUUGAACUCAGUACAGUGUUAAAAGCAGCCCAAGCAAGUUCUUACUCUGUUUAAAAGGCGCUUUUCUGCAAUGUUUGUUGAUCACUUCCAAGUGCCCCAAAAGGGGCUCAAAAGCAUUUACCAUUUUUAGCAAUAGAUACAUUUGUUCCCUGAAUCAAAUUCAGGCUUUAAUAUUACAAAGACCUGCUUUUUUUAAAAAAAAAAUCAAGCUUCCUACCCACCCUGUCCCCCAAAAGAAAGCAAUAUUCAGUCACUGCUCCCCCCUCCCAGAAAUUCAGCAAAUAAACUGUUGGCUUGAACACUAGCUUAGUGUAGUUGUAGCAUUGGGCCGGUAUCAUCAGGGUUUUCUACUUGUGAAAUAUCUGAGGCUGUGAUCUGUUGAAUUAUACUUGAACUGGACCAGAACAUAUUUAUUGAGCUUAUAAAAAUCUUGUUAAUUUAAGCUUCGGCUUGUAAAUGGUUGGAAUUUGUUGAACUUUGUUGAGUGUCUUAUGAGUUGUCACUACUUUUACUGAUCUGUGUAACUGACCGCAAAGUGUUUUGAGGUGUUUCAUAAAAAAAUGAAAAGAAAAAAAAAGAUUUUAAUAAAGGUAAUUUGAAAGUC